AUGACCACCUUGACAAGUCAAUCUCACCCGCCCACACACGAAGCACAUCUCCGCCCACCUAGCAGCAAGCCGACAACCUUUUCGCACCUGCCGCCCGAGCUUCUGCAUCACAUCGUCUCUUUGAUCUACCUCGACUCCAUCCCUCGCGCCGUAUUCCGUUGCUUGGAUCCUCAUGGUCUGCCAUCAGCUUACGAAGAUGGACGACUCAUCUCGCGUACGAGCAGGCAAGCCACAUCGGAUCUGCUCAGCAUUUCGAGGACCAACAAGGCAUUGUAUGCCGCUGCUAGACCCCUGCUUUUUCGAAGGUUGCAAAUCACAUUGCCUUUUAGCUUCUUGUUGUUGCUGAGGACUCUGGGAGCUGCGCACCUAGCAGAGGCGUACGAGGAACAUGAAAGACUUCGGAAACCAACAACGUCGGACGAUAGCACGGAUGAAGGGGCUUUCUUCACUAGCGAUGCUGCGAGCAGCAGUUCGGAUGAGGAGGAGAGCUCGAGGGGGGAAGAAGACCCAGGCAUACCUGCCCAUCGCGCGCAUCAAACACCAAGUCGGAGCCCUUUGAGGGAGCAAGGAAGGAGCUCCACACAAAGUCCCCCUCGGAACAGGAGUAGAAGUCAUCAGGCACUUUCCGAUGCCGGGGCUGGAGGCAGCGCUGGUUUGGAAAGAUCGGAUGUGCGCACAGGACCAAAGAAGCAAUUGGGCUUCAGCGCCAUGGUUGCUGCGGCUGGCUUUGCGAGGGUCACGGGUAGCAAGCUGGUCAUUCAGAAAGAUCGCAGAGAUCGAUUACUCAGAUCUCAGCAAUCAGGAAGCGCACCGAGUGGUGCUACUGACACUGAGAGUGCAGCAGAUGAGAGGAGCGGAGCUGAAAUGCAGCUGGUGUGGAUAGGUGAGUGGAGUCCGUGUCGCGGCCUGGAUGCAGACAGAAACGGACCUGAUCGCGUUGCGAUUCGUUUGGUUGGAUGCUUUCUGUAGAGCAAUCUGCGGGUCUCUUCUCCUUGUCUCUUAGUCGCGCGCCUCGCGGUGCCAAUCACUAUCCCAGGGUACUCGACUUCUCCACCUUUACGGUGAGUCUGAAGAGGUGACAGCAAUAAAGUGAGAGUACCGCUCAAAAAGAAACCCCUUUGGAUUGACGUCAGACGCAAGGCAUGCGAAGAUCUUUGGGUCAGGGCGAGACGCGCUUCAUCACGCCAGCUCGAUUGCUCGCUCUCAUCACGGCAGCAGACGCAUUAGUCAGCGUAGGAUUUUGUGAGAGCAUGGACAGCGCUAUCGACGUUGCUGUCCUCGAAGCUUUGGUCAGUGUCACACGUCGACCACAGAAGAGAGCAAACAGAUCGAUUUGACGUCUCUGAGCUUCUCCCUUGUGACGCCUGCAGCUCUUUAGGGACGGCAAGCUUACCCCACCAUCGCGGAUACGAGGCAUUUCUAUGGAAAGAGCACGGAGGGAAGGAAGCGAGCGCCGAAGACUGCAGGCUAUGGAUCUGUCAGGCUGUAUAAGCAAUGCUUUCAAAGCCGGCCUGCAGACAUUUGUGGACCGUCAUCUCAACAAGUCUAGUGGAAGAUCCACAUCGACAUUGUUCGAAGAGUCCGAAACAUCCACCGCUGACGAUGACGAGUCCCAGGUAGACGAAGAAGAAGACCGCAGAGGGCGAAGUCGAAGCACGCAUCGCACGGGCACCUCGGAGUGGUCUUCUGCUAGAUCGAGCUCGGCACGAACAGCUCGAUCUAGUCAACAAGUGCAGCGAAGCCUUUCGAGGUACAGUCGUGCCGACGAUGACGAGGCUCCCUCCACACAUCCAGCGCGAGCCACGCGCUUCCCGUCUCUUAGGCGUCUGAGCCUCAGCUACGUCACUUUUCCGGAGAGCUUGCUGCAGCCCUUCAUUCUUUCCUUUCCUCGCCUAAUCCAUCUGGACUUGACAGGCACCAAGAUAGGUCCACAGACGCUAUUUUUGCUCGGAGCUCAGCCUGGUCUGCACCUGCAUAGUCUCAGUUUGGCUAAAUGUCCGCAUAUGUCGAGCGAGUCAAUAAGGUGGCUGCUCGUCGACAGCCCGGUCUGUCACAGCUUGACGGAACUCUCCUUGGCAGGCACGCUUUUGCAACCCACGCCGAUCGAUGCGCUCGAUAUGAAGGCCAUCUUGACGGAAGCUCCCUGCAUGCUACAUGGUGCCAUGCGAUAUCUCGAUUUGGCAAGCUGUCCGGUGGCAGAAGUCCUUGGAGAGAUACACGUCCAGCCUUGCUUACUCGACCUGGGUCUCGGAUCACUACCUCGGCUCAGUCUGUCGAAAAUUUCGGAAUUCUUGAUCGCCAAGGCUCCCAAUGUGCAAGUGCUCAGCAUUCCCGAAACCAGCAGUGCUCUAGGCUCGGGCGCUUUGUCACCGAUGGACAUUGUGGAGAGCUUGUUGCGUCCUUGCGCUGUCCCUCCGCCACUGACGCUCAGCCAGCAGUUGGCUCAAAUGGGUCUACCACAGCUGCUCGGUGCCCAGCCCAACGCAGCGCCUGUUCAGAGGGCAAAGACCAACCUUCGUGUGGUGGAACUCGCUUUGGGACCUUUGCGAGGCUUUGGCAAGUAUCAUGGAUGGCAAGCCAUCUUUGGCGCGGGACGUAGAGGCUGGCUGGUAGAUUGCACUGCUGGGCCCAAUCCGGACGCCGUAGACGAGGCGCUUGCGGAGCCAGAUGAGGAAGGCGGUGCGGCGGCUCAGCAAGCACAAGGGGAGCAAGAGACCAGAGGCAGGCCUUUGAGAUGGAAAAGUAGAGCAAAAGCCACUUCCUGGGAACCUGAGACGCCACCCACCUUAACGCGCAAAUCUACCCUUUCGCCCUCUCCUGCUAGGAGAGCAAGGCGGACGCCGCUCGUCAGUCGGUCCGGCUCGAUGCGAAGAGCCAACUCAAGAGGCGGGGAUGCGCAACGGAGCUUGACUUCUGCCGCAGUCGCAUCUGCGACCCAGGCAUCGAUGACUGUAGCUGCGGACCAGAUAGAUGAGACUACCCCUUCACUUUUUGACCAGGCUGGACCAGCAGUGGCUCGCGGGGUGGCGCCAAGCGACGUUGAGCCAGAAAUUGUGGAGCCCAGGAAUGAAGUUGUCAGAGGUCUGCCUCUUGAACAUCCACGAGCAAAGGUCCUGCAGCAAUUAGCGGCUGCCAAUGGUGAGUCUUGAUCGCACGAGAAAGUCGCGUGUCCGGACUUACGAGGUGCGACGCCGAUGUUUCAUUGCAGGCCACGUUCCCGGUAACAUUGGUUGGCACAGCCUCAAGUGCGAGAUCCUGUUGGUACGUAUGACAAAUGCAAGACAUUUUUGGCCAUUUGGCACACCGCGAGCUGAAAAUCACUUCAUCUGCCUCAGGGUUAUGGCUUUUUAGGCCGAGAACAAGGCCGCUAUGCCUACAUUGCCUAUCAGGUCUAA